AUGGCAGCGGCGGAUCUGUUGGCCAUUGUCACUGAGGUUAUUUUGUAUCGUAUUAGUAAACACUAUUUUCCGAUGAGUUUCCUCGACAUUACCCCUGUGUGCAGGUCUAUAUAUGUACUCUCGUAUGUUGCAAUAGACUGUUCAGUCUGGUUCACUGUAACUUUCACCCUCGACCGACAUGUUGUCAUCUGCUGCCAGAAGCUUAGAUCCAAGUAUAACAACGAGAGAACGGCGGCUUUGAUCCUGGCAACAAUAGGCACUCUCCUUUGUGUCAAAAACGUACCGCUCUACUUCGCUCAGAAAUCCGUAGAGGUCAUAGACAACGUACCCUGGUUAUGUGUAAUGAUGAACAAUUUUUACACUGAUCCUGGCUGGGUGGCAUUUGACGGGGUCAUUAUGAUUUUAACUCCAUUACUGCCUUUCGUUGUAAUUGUGCUACUCAAUGCUCUCACAGUCAGGCAUAUUUUAGUUGCCAGUCGGGUACGGAAGGGGCUGCGUGGUCGAAGCGAAGGUAAAAACCACAGUGAUCCGGAGAUGGAGAGCAGGAGGAGGUCGGUAGUUUUACUUGUCACCCUCUCUGGUAGCUUUAUCGUACUGUGGCUGACGGUUGUUGUUGAUUUCGCCUAUUAUCAGAUCACGGGGACAGCAGCUGAUCGAAAUGAUUCUGAAGAGAUCUUUCACGAUGUAGCAUAUUUACUGAGUAAUGUCAGCUGCUGCACGAACACAUUCAUUUAUGCCGCCACCCAAUCAAAGUUCAGGGAACAGGUCAAGAAAGCGGUGACAUAUCCAGCCGCUUCAUUACGCCAGUUGCUGAAUAAAAUCGUAUCCUGA